CUGCUUUAUAAGUGGACACUCAACCACUCAGACAACCCAGCUGGGCUCAAGGCCACAUCUUGUUGCUAAUAGAGAAGAGCAAUAUAUGUAAUAAAGUAUAUACAUGAGAAUGUUCACGUGUGGGAGUAUUUACACACCUACAUACACUUCUGCUUUUAGGACUAAGAAUUUUCUCAUUUGACCGAUAUGUAUCCUCUUGGAUGGACACAUCUGAAAUCUAGUGUGAAAAUUACAACGGCAAAACCGAUAGUGUAGAGUGAUGACAUCCUCCUAGACCACAAGGAGAACUCAAAUGAAAGUAAAAAAAGGAAGGGAAAACAGAAAGAAGAGUCUAGAAAGGGAAAACAUGCUUCCUAUUUAAAGGCCAUGCUUAGAAAGAAGGUCACUGGAGGACCUGAGGUCCCAGACUGUUCAGCAGGCGCCCAGCUCAGCAGGCCAGCAGCGCCCUCGCUCGCCCAUGGCCCUCCUGCUCUCUCUCCUCUCGGCCCUGCUGCUGCUCAGCUGUGGCCCCGGGGGGUCUCUGGGCUGUCACCUGCCUCAGCACCACGUCCUGCUCAGCGGGGACAACUUAGUGCUUCUGAGCCAAAUGAGCACAAUGUCCCCUUUCUUGUGUCUCAAGGACAGAAAAGACUUCCGAUUCCCCAGGCAAACGGUGGAGGGCCGUGAGGUGCAGGGGGCCCAGGCCGCCACUGUCCUCCACGAGCUGCUCCAGCAGGUCUUCAACCUCUUGCUCACAGCGCCCCCCCCUGCCGCCUGGAACACGACCCUCCUGGGCCAGCUGGGCGCGGGGCUCCACCGGCAGCUGGGGGACCUGCACGCCUGCCUGGGGCAGGGGACGGCGGAGGAGGGCUCGGCCCUGGCGACGCGGGGCCCUGCGCUGGCCUUGAAGAGGUACUUCCAGGGCAUCCGGCUCUACCUCAAAGGGAAGGGACACAGCGACUGCGCCUGGGAAGUGGUCAGAGUGGAAGUCAUGAGGGCCUUCUCUUCAGCAAGGACCCUGCAGGAAAGGCUGAGCGACAAGGACCGAGACCUGCCUCCUCCUGGAAAUGAUCCUCGGUGACCAAAGGGCCAGAUCACCUUUGCACAUGAGUGUUGGGUCAUGUCAAA